AUGCGUUCUGCAAUCCUCACUUCUGCCUUUGCAGUUUUGGCCCUUGGAAAUCCUAUCCCUCAAGAGAUUGACUUGGGCACUAUCGAUAGUUUACCACCAGCUGCAGUUUCCAAUGCUCCAGUCGAUAUUUCUUCCCAAAGUGUCAGCGUCAAGCCAUCCGCUGCGGCUACCUCUGUCGGGGCCGCAAAAGUAACUAACACGGCGGUCCCAAGUACAGUCGCCAAGCGCAAUAACAUCAAGCGCUCCUCUUGCGAACCUCAACCUCUCGGAGCUGCUCCAACCUCCACUCCAGACACCGCAGAGGCUUUUUUAGCGGAUUCUCAAUACACUGCGAUUUCCGAUGUAGCUGCCACUCCCCAAGGUUAUAACCUUGCAUUCAAGAAUUUACAAGGUUCUUCCCAAACUACUUCGUACCUUGGAUACAAGACCUUGGAUUCUUACGAUACAGUUAACUGUGCCUCUUACUGCGAUCAACAAGAUGGUUGUAUCGCAUUCAAUAUCUACAUGGAGCGCGAUCCAACAGUUGAUCCGGGCGCUACCUGCGCUAAUCCAGCUUCUACCACCAAUUACAAGUGCGUGAAGUGGGGUGUUCAAAUUCAAGCGGCUACAGCUACCAAUGUCGGACAAUGGAGACAGGACUUCCACGUCGUUAUCGCCGGAUCAAAUGGCUACAAUAAAAAUGCUGCUCCCGCCCCAGCAGAUGGUUAUACCGGUCCAGUCGCCCUGGGAGGAGCAAUCAACGCCCCACUCGACCCAGUCACACACACAGACACCUACAUGGGAUAUAAAUUCUUCUCAUUCGACGACGUCCAAACCUACGCCAACGGCGUCGUAGCCUGCACAGCCGCCUGUACCGCACAAACCAAAUACAACGCCGAGCACCCCCCUCCCACGGGUAACCCAUCCGUCUGCAACCAAUUCGUCGUGUACGUUCUCAGCGACGAAAACAAACCUCAAGGAAUCUACUGUUCCAUGUAUACCGAAGAAUGGGCCAGUGUCUACGCAACCAAUGUGGGUCAGUAUCGCGGAAGCGAUUAUUGGUCUGUGAGCCAGGCCUAUACAUAUACCAAUGCUUCCUACGCGGCUAAAUACGAACCCAUUUGUGAUGUUGCGGGAUGUCCUGGGGGAUCUUACUCGGGGGGUAAUUAUGGUGGUUAUGGAUAUCCUUCGCCUGCUCAACCUGCUAAAUAA